CAUCUUCCUGCCAACUGGGGAAAAGAAGAAUGGAAAAGAUGAUGAUGGGAGGAAGGUCUUUAGCAGAGACUCCAACUUAUACUGUUGCUUCUGUCAUUACAGUGUUGGUUUUCGUUUGCUUUUUGGUUGAACGCUCCAUUUAUAGAUUUGGAAAGUGGUUAAAGAAAACCAGGCGGAAAGCUUUGUUUGCUUCUUUGGAGAAGAUCAAGGAAGAGUUGAUGCUGUUGGGUCUUAUAUCAUUGUUGUUGGCACAAUGGGCACGAUGGAUCUCCGAGAUUUGCGUAAACUCGUCGUUGUUCUCGAGCCGCUUCUAUACUUGCUCCGAGAUGGAUUACGAUCUAAACAAGAACAUGUUGCUGGAGAGUACCCCAUCUUCUUCGAAUGAGAGUGUUGUUCCUCCUAAAGGAUUACAUGCUGUUACGGCACAUCAAUGUGGCGAGGGCCGUGAACCGUUCGUGUCGUUCGAAGGACUCGAGCAACUCCACCGGUUCUUGUUCGUUCUGGGCAUUACUCACGUCCUCUACAGUUGUCUGGCUGUUGGCCUGGCUAUGAGCAAGAUCUAUAGCUGGAGAAAAUGGGAAAACCUAGCCAACUCCAUACCCGAUGGAAUCGGAAGCUUGCAAGGUAAGUAUCAUCAACAUAUUAGUUCUUGUUUUUCCGAUCAUGAUUUCUUUUCCCCAUCACGAUUUACCUUGCGUGUAGCGAAGAGAAACAAAGUGAUGAGACGACAAACCACCUUCGUUUUCCAUCACACAUCUCAUCCAUGGAGCAAGAGUCGAAUUCUCAUCUGGAUGCUUUGCUUUCUACGACAAUUCAGGAGCUCUAUAGAGAAAUCGGAUUACUUGGCACUUCGUCUAGGGUUCAUCAUGAAGCACAAGCUGCCGCUUUCGUAUAAUUUCCAUAGCUAUAUGGUUCGAAGCAUGGAAGACGAGUUUCAAGGCAUUCUUGGUAUUAGCUGGCCACUUUGGGCAUAUGCUAUAGCUUGCAUCUUCAUUAACAUUCAUGGAUUGAAUAUCUACUUCUGGUUGUCGUUCAUCCCUGCCCUUCUUGUGAUGUUGGUUGGGACGAAGCUUCAGCAUGUUGUUUCCUCAUUAGCAUUGGAGAUUAAGGAACAGACCGGUCCGCCUACCGGAGCGCAAGUGAAGCCGCGCGACGAUUUGUUCUGGUUCCGGAAACCGGAGAUAUUACUCAGGUUGAUACAGUUUAUCAUUUUUCAGAAUGCCUUUGAGAUGGCUACCUUUCUAUGGUCAUUGUGGGGAUUCAAGCAUACAUCGUGCUUCAUGAAAAACCAUCUUAUGAUCGCCUUCCGAUUGGUUUCCGGGGUUCUUGUUCAGUUCUGGUGUAGCUCUAUCACGGUGCCUUUGAAUGUAAUUGUCACACAGAUGGGAUCUCGGUGCAAGAAAGCCUUAGUCGCCGAGAGCGUAAGAGAAUCACUUCACAGUUGGUGUAAAAGAGUGAAAGCGAAGUCGAAACGCGAAUCCACGCACUCGCAUACCGCGAGAUCCGUGUGCUCACUUGAAUCGAUCGUCGAUGACGAGAGGGAUGCUGUCACGGUCGGCACUUUAUCGAGAAGUUCAUCCAUGGAGUCGUUGAAUCAAAUAACUAUAACAUCCUCGGAACAAGCGGCGGCCAUUCUCGGGACUUCCAACACCGGCCUGGUUGACUUCUCGUCGAGGGUGGAGGAGUACUUAUCGGAGUCGAUAAACAUUGAUGCAUCACAGCCGUUAACCAUCGAUGAAGAAGAAUACGAAGGCAUUGAAGAAGAAACAAAAGUUGAGACUCUAUACGACUUGUUUCAAAGAACAUGAACCUAACAACAAUGUUUAUCUUACAUAAUCUUAGUUAACAAAAUUGUAACCUUAUAAGCAUCGGAUAUAAAAGAAAAUUCAAUGAUUAAUUUCGUUUUGCAC